UGCAGCUGAAACUUUGGCCAUGGAGAAACCCGAGGAAUCCUGCCCCAUGGAGAAACCGUGGAAGUGUGGCGACUCUGGGAAAGGCUUCCAUUUCCCAUCUACUUUGGCGAUUCAUCGUCGCAGUCACACCGGGGAAAGGCCAUUCCCCUGCACAGAGUGCGGGAAGGCCUUCAGCAAUUCCUCCGACCUGGUGAGGCACCGGCGGGUCCACACCAGGGAGAGGCCCUUCAGCUGCUCUGAGUGUGGGAAGGCCUUCAGCAAUUGCUCUGACCUGUUGAGGCACCGGCGGGUCCACACAGGGGAGCGGCCCUUCAGGUGCUCCGCAUGUGGGAAGGGCUUUACCCAGACCUCCACCCUGUUGGCCCACCGUCAGGUCCACACUGGGGAGAGGCUGUUCCUCUGCACCGAAUGCAGGAAGGGCUUCAGCAAUUCCUUCGCCAUGCUGACCCACCAGUGGGUCCACACAGGGGAGAGGCCAUUCCCCUGCACAGAGUGCAGGAAGGCCUUCAACAGUUCCUCCGACAGGCUGAAGCACCAGCGGGUCCACACGGGGGAGAGGCCCUUCAGCUGCCCAGAGUGCGAGAAGGGCUUUACCCAGGCCUCUGACCUGCUGAGGCACCAGCGGGUCCACACAGGGGAGAGACCAUUCACCUGCUAUCAGUGCGGGAAGAGCUUUAGCCGCUCCUCCCACCUGCAGAGACACCAGAGAGUUCACAUGCCAUCGCAGGGGGUUUAAAACAGCGACGGCUGAGUGCCUUUAUUGACUGGACUAUUAACCCAGUUCCGGGAGCUGCCAAGGCACAUGGCGGAAUUGGAAUUUGGUUAGAAAUCGAGUUCAGAAUCUAACAACGAAACAAUUGUCAGGGAGGGGAGGGGGAACCCCCAUCAGAUUCACUCACAACCUUUUAAGGGAAGGAAACUGCUGAUGUGGGAACGGAUUCACUCGCUCGUCCCAGUGCAUCCUUUACCUGGACUGGCUUACACGUGACUUCAGACCCACAGCAGUCUGGUUGACUAUUCUGCACUCCUUCUCCCCCCCCCCCCCCCAACUCCAGCCGAUGAGGGGGGAGAAACCUACUUGGAGACAAGGUAUGGGUUUAAAUUGGUGCAUGAGGCAAUACGUCUAGUUUAUGGCUAUACCAAGGAUUCAAUUACAAAAGGACAACUCUGUGCUGACAAAUAGUAAAGAACGUGGGGGUGAGGGGGCGGGGGGAGAAGUGUGUGCGCUUUGACCUUGAGCUGUUUUUAAAAAAAAGAUACUUUUUCUACACCUUUUUGCUGGGGGGAUCUGAAGCUGUAACAAGGUUGGGUCGCAAUAAAGGUUACCUGAACUUA